GUGUUGCCCGGAUUUCAACCAAGCCUUUUCUCCACUAACUCUGAAAUGCAGAAAUGACCAGCGACCGAGUGAAAGCUCCUUUACCAAGUAUUCCCGAUGAGGAAAAUAAAGAAGAGAAAGUCUACGGAAAUGUUUUCGCAGAACUGGAAUCUGUGGACUUGCCUUUGGGAACGACUUUAAGAUCCGUUUACGAUGACCAGCCCAACGCGCACAAGAGGUUUAUGGAGAAGCUUGAUGCCCGGAUACGGAACCAUGACAGAGAGAUCGAGAAGAUGUGCAACUUCCACCACCAGGGCUUUGUGGACGCCAUCACGGAGCUGCUCAAAGUCAGGGCUGACGCCAAGAAGCUGAUGGGCCAAGUUAGCGAUACCAAUCGAAGACUGCAAGACGCCGGGAAAGAGGUGACAGCCCAAACGGAGGAGGUCAUCCGCUGCAGAGUUCAGCAGAGGAACAUGGCCACCACCGUGGAGAAGCUGCAGCUCUGCAUCCCUGUUCUUGAAAUGUACAGCAAACUGAAAGAGCAGCUGGACUCCAAAAGGUACUACGCUGCCUUGAAGACGAUGGAGCAGCUGGAGAACACGUACAUCCCGCGAGUCAGCCACUACCGUUUCUGCCAGAUCAUGGCAGAGACGCUCCCCAAACUGCGCGAGGAGAUCAAGGAGAUCUCCAUGUCCGACCUGAAGGACUUCCUGGAGAGCAUCCGGAAGCACUCCGACAAGAUCGGCGAAACGGCCAUGAAGCAGGCACAGCAGCACAGGACUUUCAACAGCGCCGUGCAGAAGCAGGCCAGCGCCGGCUACGCCAAGCCCGUCUACACGCUCAACGGCCGCGCGCCCGCCACGCACAACGGCCUGUCGCCAGGAGAGGGCGCCGACGAGGAGGACGACGCGGACGAAGAGGUAUUAACAGCACAGGACCUGGUCGAUUUCUCACCUGUGUACCGAUGCCUUCACAUCUACACUGUUUUGGGUGACAGAGAAACCUUUGAGAACUACUACAGGAAGCAGAGGAAAAAACAGGCCAGGCUGGUGCUGCAGCCCCAGUCUAACAUGCACGAGACUGUGGAAGGGUACAGGAAGUACUUCAAUCAGAUUGUGGGGUUCUUUGUGGUGGAGGACCACAUUCUGCAUGCGACCCAGGGGCUGGUGACCAGAGCCUUCACAGACGAGCUGUGGAACAUGGCCCUGUCCAAGAUCAUUGCUGUGCUGCGCACACACUCGUCCUACUGCAACGAUCCAGACCUGGUCUUGGAGCUGAAGAACUUAAUCGUCAUAUUUGCAGACACUCUGCAGGGCUAUGGAUUUCCAGUGAACAGACUCUUUGACCUUCUGUUUGAGAUAAGGGACCAGUACAAUGAAACUCUGCUGAAGAAAUGGGCCCUAGUGUUCAGGGAAAUAUUUGAGCAGGACAACUAUAGCCCGAUCCCUGUGGAGAACGAGGAAGAGUACAAAUCUGUCAUCAGUAGAUUUCCAUUCCACGAUGCAGAGAUUGAAAAGCAACAAUUUCCAAAGAAACUUCCAAUGUCCCAGUCAGUGCCUCAAAUCUACAUUCAGGUGAAAGAGUUCAUUUACGCCAGCCUUAAAUUCUCGGAGUCUCUUCAUCGCAGCUCGACAGAGAUAGACGACAUGCUGCGGAAAUCCACCAACCUCCUGCUGACAAGAACGCUCAGCGGCUGCCUACAGAAUCUGAUCAAAAAGCCCCAUAUAGGACUGACAGAGCUAGUCCAGAUCAUUAUAAACACCACCCACCUGGAGCAAGCAUGUAAAUAUUUGGAAGACUUCAUUACAAAUAUUACCAACGUUUCCCCGGAAACCAUUCACACUACGCGACUUUACGGCCUCUCAACAUUUAAGGACGCCCGGCAUGCAGCAGAGGGAGAGAUCUACACCAAACUGAACCAAAAGAUCGACGAGUUCAUCCAGCUGGCCGACUACGAGUGGAGCAUGUCGGAGUCCGACGGCAGAGCCAGCGGGUACCUGAUGGACCUCAUCAACUUCCUCCGCAGCACCUUCCAGGUCUUCACGCACCUGCCGAAUAACAACAAUGAUCAUGCUGCGAUGUCGGGCAAAGUGGCCCAGACGGCCUGCAUGUCGGCCUGCAAGCACCUGUCCACCUCCCUGAUGCAGAUGCUGCUCGACAGCGAGCUCAAGCAGAUCAGCAUGGGUGCCAUCCAGCAGUUCAACCUGGACGUCAUACAGUGUGAAUUGUUUGCCAGCUCAGAGCCUGUGCCAGGAUUCCAGGGAGACACACUGCAGCUGGCGUUCAUUGACCUCAGACAACUCCUGGACUUGUUUAUGGUGUGGGACUGGUCCACCUACCUGGCAGACUAUGGACAGCCCACCUCCAAAUACCUGCGGGUCAAUCCAUCCACCGCUCUGGCACUUCUGGAGAAAAUGAAGGACACCAGUAAAAAGAACAACAUAUUCUCCCAGUUCAGAAAAAAUGACCGUGACAAGCAGAAGCUGAUCGAAACGGUCGUCAAGCAGCUGAGAAGUUUAGUGAACGGAAUGUCACAGCACUCCUAGUUUCUGCCACAUCACUAAUAUCCGCACCUCCUCAUCUCCAGCAUUUCAACAACGUCGCUUUCAAUUUAUACGAGACUGGAUAUAUCAUUGUAAAUAAGAAAAAUGAAGAACGGUUUACCAUGUACCGAAAAACGAAUAAGCAGUAAAUUUUUUUAUGUAUUUUUAAUGGCUGAGAAAUAUGUUUUGUAAAUUGUGAAUGUGCAAUGAUUGUAUCACCACAAAAAAAAUGGUGCCCUGGAUCAGUGGGAAUGUAUUACUAUGAAGACUGAGACUGGACCAUGAAGUCCCGAAAUGAGACUGAUGUUCAAAGAGAUCUUUGGAAAAUACUCCAUAAUGCAAUAUAAGGUGGAGUUUUAACUGUAAAUACUUUUGGGUGUAUUUAACAGUACAGUGUAUCACGCUUCUCGCUAAAUCUGAUUUGAGUCUAAUAACUUUUAUUUACUGUAAAAACCUUGCAUGAUUUCGUUGAAGUUAUUUUAAAAGGGGAAAAGGGUUAGGCCUGGAGUUAAUUUAUACUAUGACUUUUACACACAUGGUUUUAUCUUUACGAAGAAAGAUGUGUAUUUUAAGAAGUGGAAUUUGUGUUUGAAGUGAUUUACAGAACAAUUACUUGCAUCCAAAACACUACUCAGAUUUUUUUUUUCUCCUCAGGGUGAAAUGUCAGCUUUUUGGUUAAGAUGCUUUAGAAUUCCAUGCUAAGAUGUUCCUAAAGAGCAAUAAUUGCUAAAUUUGCAGCCUCUUAUAAGCAUAAUUGCUUACAGGAUGAAGACUUGGUAAACAUUUUAUAAUUGGAUUAUGAGUUUUGGUCUGUACUACUUUAAUAGGCGUUUUGCACUGAAUAUUAUUUAAGUUUGGCAUUGUUUUCUUCAAUAGAUGAUGUAAUUGAGCAUUACAUUGUACAUAAAGCACAUUUUGUUAAAAGAAAAUGCAAUGCAACAGGAAUCAUGUUUCUGUUGCUACAAAUAAAGGAGGGGGUGCUCGUGA